AUGACUUCUUCAACAACUACAGCACGAACUGCUCGUAAAGGUGGUGAAAGAAAAUCAAAAUCAGUUCGUGCAGGUGUACUCUUUUCGGUACCACGUUUUCAUCGUUAUAUAAAAAAAUCAACACCAAAAAGUCGUGUAACUAUGGCUGCUGCAGUUUAUACAGCUGCUGUAAUCGAAUAUUUAACGGCUGAAGUUCUUGAAUUGUCUGGUAAUGCAGCUAAAGACCAUAAAAAACAACGUAUUAAUGCACGACAUAUAUUUUUGGCUGUUAGCAUCGAUGAAGAACUGAAGAAACUACUUCAUGGUGGUGUAUUACCUCAUAUUAAUGCAUUCUUACUCAAAAGUAAAUCAGGCAGUAGUGAUCAAAGUCAACCUGCACAAAAUACACAAGCAUCUCGUUCAAAUACUACAACAGUAGCUCGAGUACCUUCAGCACUUGCAACAAAAACUUCAUCAACAGGUGCUGGUAGCAGCAAAGUAAGUUCAAAAGAAGCAAGUUCAUCCUAA